AACAGAGUAACGACAUAAAUUCAAAAAGUUCAAGUUCACCACACAUUUCAAGCGCAAGUUUUCGGAAAAUCUCAAACAAAGCUGUUUUUCUCAUGUUUUUCGUUGAUUUAAAAAAAGAUUCAAUAAUUUCCCAGUAGUUUCCGCUAGUGUCAUUGUGAAUUUACAUAAAUAGUCCAACAUCCAGCGGAAAUGCCCAGCGAAAUCAUCACUUUGCAGCUGGGCCAGUGCGGCAAUCAGAUUGGAUUCGAGUUUUGGAAACGGCUCUGCUUGGAACAUGGGAUUUCACCGUCCGGUGUGCUGCAAGAUUUCGCCACAGAUGGCAUCGACCGGAAGGAUGUGUUUUUCUACCAGGCAGAUGACGAUCACUACAUUCCCCGGGCGGUGCUCCUGGAUCUGGAACCACGAGUCAUCCAUACCAUCAUGACAUCACCGUAUGCUAAGCUAUACAACCCAGAGAACGUUUAUCUAUCGAAAGAUGGAGGAGGCGCUGGUAACAAUUGGGCUUCCGGAUUCAGUCAGGGCGAGAAGCUGCACGAGGAAGUAUUCGAUAUCAUUGAUCGAGAAGCCGAUGGCAGUGACAGCUUGGAGGGAUUCGUCCUUUGCCACUCAAUUGCCGGAGGAACCGGUUCCGGUAUGGGUUCAUACAUAAUGGAAAGACUGUCGGAUCAUUUCCCCAAGAAGCUUGUACAGACAUAUAGUGUCUUUCCGAAUCAAGAUGAGAUUAGUGACGUUGUAGUUCAGCCCUAUAACAGUUUGCUGACGUUGAAGAGACUCACAAGUUGCGCUGAUUGCGUCGUCGUUUUGGACAACACUGCGUUGAAUAGGAUUGCAACGGACAGGCUUCACCUGGAGAAUCCUAGCUUCACUCAAAUCAAUACUCUAGUCUCGACGAUCAUGUCUGUUAGCACUACGACUCUUCGGUAUCCUUCCUAUAUGAACAACAAUUUGAUCGAGUUGAUAGCUCCACUCAUUCCGACUUCUCAGUUACAUUUCCUCAUGACGGGGUACACUCCACUGGCCACCGAUACGGACACCGUUAGCGUGCAGAAAACCACCGUUCUCGACGUGAUGCGACGUUUACUUCAACCAAAGAAUAUGAUGGUGUCCACUGGCCCCGAUAAGACCAACCACCACCGUUACAUCUCGAUCCUGAACAUCAUUCAAGGGGAGGUCAAUCCAACUCAGGUGCACAAAUCGAUUCAACGUAUCCGGGAGCGCAAAUUGGCCCAAUUUAUCAACUGGGGACCGGCCAGCAUUCAAGUGGCUCUGUCCCGCAGCAGUCCCUACGUACAAAGCACUCAUCGGGUGUCCGGUCUGAUGCUCGCCAAUCACACCAGCAUCUGUUCCCUGUUCGAACGGGCACUCAAUCAGUAUGACAAACUUUGCAAGCGAGGCGCUUUCCUGGAUCAGUUCAAACGGGAGGAUAAAUUCAAGGACGAUCUCAGCGAGUUCGAUGAGAGCCGGGACGUCGUCGAUGCGCUGGUACAGGAAUAUGAGGCCGCCACCCAGGCGAACUAUCUCAGCUGGCAUGCAAAGAAAGCCACCGGCGAGUAAGAGUACGUUGGAGUUUUGAGUCUUAUAUUCCUCCUUUCUUACGAUGCGAGCGCUUCUGUAGCUUUGCAUGAUAAGAUUCUCAUAGCGCCCUGUAUUGCCGCGCUUCACGAUAUAAAACAGAAAGGCUAACGGUCUUGCCUUUGACGUUCAACUAUUUCUCAUUACUGUUACAAACGAAAAAGCGCACCAAACGUUAUAGAAAGUAUCAUCCCCUUUUGAAGGACCGUCGCAAGGGAAUCUCCAGUGAAUCAUCAAAUCGUUAAACUCCCUAGCAUUACUUACCUACUGUUUGUGGAACGAAAUGUACAUUGAUUGUAGAAUUUAAACCCAACGGGGUGAAUGUAGUGCUCUCUCUACGUUUCGGAGUAUCGGAAACAUCCGUAUACAAUUAGGUGUAUGUAACCGUUGAAAGAUGCACGUGCAUGUUGUCAAUAAAAUAGUGUUAUAAUCAUAA